AUGCUGGAGAUGAACAACGCAGUCAAUGUGUGUGCCAAGGCAACAACCGGAGCUGACUUCGUCUUGGUCCCAACAAUCGAUUUGUGGCAACAGGAGACGGUACAAAAUGCAUUCCACGCAAUGCUCGGUGACAAUCAGUUCGGACCUGUAAGGGAUUUCGAUAGAUUCGACAACCAAGACAACAACCGCUGGUUCCGUGAAGAGAUCCCACGGUACAGAAACGGGAACGAGGAAGAGGAAAUGGAGGACGAAGAACGCACCGCGCAGCUCUUCGAAGAAGACAUGUGGUUUGGUGUCUUAAGAUCCCAGGACCUCGAUCUAGCUCUCUACUCCCCCGUGCCACGAUCCAUGCCAACACUCGCUAUACACACCCAGUGGAUGCUCAGCUUCUUGACUCAGAAGAAUCAGCCAGUCAUCGAGAGAGACAACUUCGCGAUGAUUCAAUACUACCCUAUAGUCAGAGCUGCCAUGCAGGUAAUGGUGGAAGUCCGGCAGAACCCAGUCAACACAGUCGAAGUCACACUUUACGAUUGUCCGGACGAAAUGGCCGCAGCAGGAGCUUACGGACAUCGGUUGGUAAUGCCCACAUUAGAGCUGUUCGCCAAGUUUCCAGCACGACGCUGGAGAGUAUGGCUUCAGUAUACUUGGGAGCAACUCAUGACACAACUGGAAGAGGAAACGGAGGAUUGCGGAUGUCAGACAACCAACUUCCAGGAGAUUCAUCAAGAGCCAUAG